UAGACCGGCCAGUUCUUCUAUCCAUCUUCUUCUUCUUCUUCUUCUUCUCUCUCGCCGGGGUCCCCAAAAAGGUAGUCAAGUUCAACUUUUUCUCCUUUUUCUCCCUUUGCUGGAUUCGAUUUCAAUUCUUUGGGAAACGUUUCCGUCUCUCUCUAUCUCUCCUCUAAGUGAGUAAGCAACUUGUGGAAUUCGAUCGGCGAGGAGGAUGCACACCUCCGAGCUUCUCCGCUUCUCUUCUCUAUGUGCCGCCAUCUGCUUUGGCUUCCUCCUUGUCCUCGAUUGACCCUUCUUUUUUCCCUCGAGCGUACAUGAUGAUGAGUGCACUCUGGGUGGUGGUGAUGUUGCUGGGAGUUACUCCAUGGAGGAGCAUCCACUGCCUCGAUGUGAAGCAGGAGAAGAGGCUGCUAGUAGCCAUGACUCUUGUCCCCCACGCAGGUUCCACCGGAGCAGUGUGCCUGGACGGGAGCCCACCGGCUUACCACCUCCACGGAGGGCUCGGCAGCGGCGCUCGCAACUGGCUGCUGCAGUUCGAGGGAGGAGGGUGGUGCAAUGACGUGGAGUCGUGUGCGGCGCGGUCAAAGACGCGACGGGGGUCAACCCGGUACAUGAACAAGCUGGAGGUGUUCUCCGGGAUCCUAAGCAACGACUCCACCGCCAACCCCGACUUCUACGACUGGAACCGAGUGAAGCUUCGCUACUGCGAUGGCGCCUCCUUUGGUGGCGACUCGGAGUUCCUCAACAGCACGACUACUCUUUACUUCAGAGGGCAAAGGAUAUGGAAAGCUAUUGUUCUUGAUCUUCUCCCGAAAGGCUUAAUCCAGGCAGACAAGGUAUUGCUUUCAGGCUGUUCUGCCGGGGGUUUAGCUUCAUUUCUUCACUGCGAUGAUCUCACCAGGUUCGUACCAGAGACGGCCACCGUCAAAUGCAUAAGCGACGCCGGGUUCUUCCUCGAUGUGAGAGAUGUCUCAGGACAGUCCACCAUAAGAUCCUUCUUCAGUAGCCUUGUCAGUCUGCAGGUCAGAUUUCUGCUGCUGUUUGUUCUUUCUUUGACAUUUAGGUUUGCAAAACUGGAUGUUGUGCCGCAGGGAGUGCAGAAGAAUUUGAAUCCAAAUUGCACAUCUUCUUAUGGCCUUUUUGCCUAUCAGUGCUUCUUUCCACAGCAUGCAUUGAGCUACAUCAGAACACCAUACUUCAUCUUGAACUCAGCUUACGAUGUAUACCAGUUCCAUCAUAUAUUUGUGCCACCAUCUGCUGAUCCGCGAGGACGCUGGUACCGCUGCAAGCUAAAUCCAAUGGCGUGCAGCCCAAUCCAAAUAGCUAUUCUGCAAGUAACGCACCAAUACUGCAACCGCUUGGUUUCAGGUUUCAGGAAUGAGAUGCUCAAAGCUCUCGAAUCAUUUGAAGGAUCACAAAAUGGUGGGAUGUUCAUAAACUCCUGCUUUACGCAUUGCCAGAGUGAACUGCAAGAAGCAUGGUUUGGCCCCAAUUCUCCAAGACUGCACAACAAGACUAUUGCAGAGGUUGUUGGUGAUUGGUACUUUGGCAGAGGGAUGGCCAAGGAAGUUGAUUGUCCAUAUCCUUGUGAUUCCACAUGUGACGACUUGAUACCAUCGAAUCAGGGAAGGGAGGUGCCUUCGACAACCCCCCUUCGUACAUGCACCAUUGGAUGCCCGCUGUUUGUGAUAUGUCUCCUGUUGCCGCUCAUGAUAAUUUGAAGGAUAUGGUCUUUGUAUUUGAUUCCUCUCAACUUAUGAUACACAUUAUCUGAGUAAAGACAGAUGAGUGAUUUAUAGGUGCAAUCAUUAUGAUACUAUUAGUGUAAAUAACCUUAAGUCGUUGCGCCGACGUGAUUUGGUUUGGGUCUGGAUGACGGAGAUCUUUACGAAAUGACCUUCGAGCCCACCGAGGCGAUCGUGUGCUGUGGCAUAGACAGUGUCGUUGUCUCCUCCGAGCAGGAACUCCUCACCUUCGCGUCUCCCAAGGACCUUCGGCCUCGCCCCUACACAAAGGUCGGAUCGGGAUGCUCGGCCCGACCCCUCCAACGAUCAAGUUAGCUGAUGUCAAAGAAAAUUCAAAUAAAGAAGUCUUUUUUUUCUGCC